AGAGCCAAAGAAAACUUCAGGUAACAUGCGUUUUAUACUUUGAUUAUUUUAUCUUCUUUUACAAAAUUAUCUUGUGAUUUAUAUUGUCUUUUUGCUAAAUCAACUUCUUUGGAUAUUUUGAAAGACGUGCCUUCCCAUCUGGAAGAAGUCAGCAACGCCAUCCGGUACCAGAAAAAGGGAAGGGGAAAGCAUCAACGAGAUACAUGCCUUAUUUCAAAGCUAAGAAAAGUUGGACUCAUAAUUUUUGUAUUCUUGGUGGAGUAAUUGACGAUCACACCCCUACAAAGGAUAAUUUACUGGAUCUCCAGAAAGCUGGCUUGGGGAGGAAAAAGGUAGUAUUUGAAAAUAACAAGUCAAAUCAUGAAGAAUUCAUUGUAGCCCUUGAAAAGGCAUGCCCUAAACUCAAAGAUGGAGGAGGUGUGGAGCUGCUUUAUGCUGUUGGAGGUGGUGGAGGACAAAGGAAACUGGAAACUAUUCCACCUGGCCCAGAUGGCUAUUCCAUUCCUUACCUGAGAUGCACAGUGUGUGUUGGUCAAGCAGUCACCUGUGUAAGACCUUUGCAACAGGACUUAGACCUCAGUCCACAAUCCACUAGUCUGUUUGUAGGAGACAAGGAUUGCCCGACUGUUGAAUGCAUGUCGUGUGGCCAGAAAGUGAAUUAUGGUCACCUUAGGGUCCAUAAGGAGAAGGAGUGCAAAGAAUCUACACUUAAGGUAUUUGUCAAAGCUAUUGUUGAAGUUAAAGUCGGGACGUGA